UGAGUUCUUCUUUCUCGCUCCCCUCUCUGAGUCCAUCUGCACCUCUCUCCUUCUGCUCCCUCUCAUAGUGCAGAGCUGCUGAAUCACCCCCACAGCUCUACAAUGGAGAGAGGGGAAAUGUUGGCUGUGUGUCUGCUGUUGUGGAGCUGCAGUGUGUGUGUGGUUACAGCCAUCCAGAGGGCUGAUAUGUUUCCUUAUGGCACUUUAAGUGGAGAUUCAGUUCUGAUGGAGGGCGACGAUGAAACCUCCAAAGUGCUGCCCCUGCCCAAACCCUUAUACUUCUACAACACCCAGUUCAAAGAGCUCUAUGUGGCCACCAAUGGUAUCAUAUCACCCCUCGACCUGCCGAUGGAAAAGCAAUACGUCGACGAUGGCUUCCCCACAGAUUUCCCUGUGGUGGCCCCGUUCCUGGCUGACAUUGACACCAGUGACGGGCGAGGACAGAUUUACUACCGGGUGACAGAAACACCCAGCAUUCUCAAUAGAGUGGCCCAGGAAGUACAUCGAGGGUUCCCAGAUUCAAAGUUCAUACCCACACAUGCUGUGGUGGCAACAUGGGAGAACGUAGCGGCAUAUGACGAUCACUCUGUAAAAGCUGGACCUUCAAACAAGUUCAAUACAUUCCAGGCAGUAAUUGGUUAUGAUGAGACCGACUCAUACGUUCUCUUCCUCUACCCUGAAGGUGGCCUGAACUUCUUUGCAACACGACCCAAGGAGUCAUAUAAUGUUGAGAUAGAGCUUCCUGCUAGAGUUGGCUUCAGCAGAGGAGAAAUUCCUUAUUUUUUAAUUUCCCGAAUUGAGGGACCUCACUACAGCGUUACGAGCGAGGAACAGAGUGUUAAAAACCUUUACCAGGUUGGAAAUACAGGAAUACCAGGUGUAUGGCUUUUCCACACUGGGAACCGUAAUUCUUUCGACAACAUUAUUCCUGCAUCCAUUGGUGGCCUGCUUGCUACUUCACCAUCUAAAGGACAUGGCUUCCCCCUGGAGACCACCACCCCUGAAUAUGCUGAGUUUGAGGAAUACCCAGACAAUACCUUUGACCCUGAUAAUGAAGAGGAAGAGGACGAUUACCCUCUGACAGGCAGGGACCCUGAAUUCCAGACGGCCCCUGCUGGUGGUGACCAUUCAGAGCCCCUUCAACCAGCAAGUCCUGAUGCUCCCUCCUCUCCUUCAGAGCAUCCUGGUCAUCAGGUGCUGUAUGAAAACAAAGAUGUGCCGUUGACCUCUGACCCCGGGUAUGGUCCAGAGCCAGCAGAGAGGCAGUUUGCUCCCCCUAGUCCUCCUAAGGCAGCAGCAGAAGAAGAUCCACAGCAACCACAGGUUCCUCUGGAGGUGGUGGAUGUGUACCCCCCUCACAGAAAUGAACCACGUCUUUCCCCUGGAGGUCAUGUGGUCAGCGUGGAUGAAGAAGAUGUUGAUUUUGACACAGGAGUGAUUCACUACACUACAGAGAAUAAGGAAACAUGUGCGAGAUUCCAGCAGCAGUGCUCCCAGAAUGCCUUCUGCUCUGACUAUGCCACAGGCUUCUGCUGUCACUGCCGGCCUGGCUUCUAUGGAAACGGACGCCACUGUCUACCUGAGGGUGCUCCCCAGCGUGUCAGCGGUAAGGUGAGCGGUACUGUGACCGUGGGAUCGACUCCGGUGCAGCUGAACAACAUUGAUCUCCAUGCCUACAUCGUGGUGGGAGAUGGGAGAGCGUACACUGCCAUAAGUGAGGUACCUGAGCCAGUGGGAUGGGCUCUGAUGCCAGUUGCACCAAUAGGAGAGCUGUUCGGAUGGCUGUUUGCCUUGGAGCUGCCCAACAGUCAGGCAGGAUUCAAAAUGACAGGUGCUGAGUUCACUCGUCGUGCAGAGGUGAUCUUUUACCCCGGCAACGAGCGCCUGUCAAUCAUUCAGACAGGCCGCGGCCUUGACGACCACAACCACCUCACCGUGGAUACUGUAGUUAGUGGCAGCGUGCCCUUCCUGCCCCCUGGAGCUGAAGUCACCAUGGAUCCCUUCAAGGAGACCUACCAGUACUACCCAUCUGUUGCCACCUCCACCUCCGUCAGAGAGUAUUCAGUUGUUUCAGCAGAGCAAGGCUCAGAGUCCUUCUCCUUCCAGCUGAAACAGAAUAUCACCUACCGUGACUGUCGACAUGACAACCGCGCCGUCGCCCUGGAGACGCUGCAGAUCACCAUGGAGAGGGUCUUUGUGAUGUACGUCAAGGAGGAGCGGAUCCUGAGAUACGCCAUCACCAACAAGAUCAGCCCAGUUGGAGGUGAGUCAAACCAGAACAUAGAUGAGUGUGCUGAGGGUUUGAGCUCAUGUGGUGCUCAUGCUCAGUGUGUGAACCUGCCUGGUAGCCACCGCUGCCAGUGCCAGAGUGGCUAUGAGUUUGGCUUCGACGGGCGUACCUGUGUUGAUAUGGAUGAGUGCAGCUCCUCUCCAUGUCACGUCAACGCCAGAUGUAUCAAUGGAUUAGGAUCUUUCCAGUGUCAGUGCCAGCCUGGCUUUUACGGUGAUGGUUUCUACUGUUCCCAGCAGGAAGGACAGACAGUUCGUCCAAAGAGCCAGUGUGAGCUGCACAGAGACAGUCUGCAGAGUGGAGUGGAACUUGGUGGACGGCCAAGGGUCGGAGCCUUCAUCCCUCAGUGCGACUCUGACGGACGGUACCGACCUCUGCAGUGCCACGGCUCCACUGGACAUUGUUGGUGCGUGGACAGUAGUGGACAGGAGAGAGCAGGAACCAGGACACCGCCUGGUACAGCACCCAAGGACUGUGACAGACCAGAUGAACCAGAGCGUCCUAAAACGUACUGUGAGCAGCACAGAGACAGUGUACAGACCACCAGUCCAGAGGGAUAUCCUAUACCUGGAGUGUUUGUACCUCAGUGUGAUGAUAAUGGACAGUACAGACCUUUACAGUGUCAUGGCUCCUCUGGACAUUGUUGGUGUGUGGACAGUAGAGGACAAGAGAGACCAGGAACCAGGACACCACCUGGUACACCAUCUGUAGACUGUGACAGACCAGAUGAGCCAGAGCGUCCUAAAACUCAAUGUGAAUAUCACAGAGACAGUCUUCAGACCACCAGUCCAGAGGGAUAUCCUAUAGUUGGAGCCUAUGUACCUCAGUGUGAUGCUAAUGGACAGUACAUACCACUGCAGUGCCAUGGUUCCAGUGGACAUUGUUGGUGUGUGGACAGUAGAGGACAGGAAAGAGCGGGAACCAGGACAUCACCUGGUGCACCACCCACAGACUGUGACAAACCAGAUGAGCCAGAGCGUCCUAAAACUCACUGUGAACAUCACAGAGACAGUGUUCAGACCACCAGUCCAGAGGGAUAUCCUCUACUUGGAGCCUAUGUACCUCAGUGUGAUGAUAAUGGACAGUAUGUUCCACAGCAGUGUCAUAGUUCUACUGGAUAUUGUUGGUGUGUGGACAGUAGAGGACAAGAGAGACGUGGAACCAGGACACCACCUGGUACACCAUCUGUAGACUGUGACAGACCAGAUGAGCCAGAGCGUCCUAAAACUCACUGUGAACAUCACAGAGACAGUGUUCAGACCACCAGUCCAGAGGGAUAUCCUCUACUUGGAGCCUAUGUACCUCAGUGUGAUGAUAAUGGACAGUAUGUUCCACAGCAGUGUCAUAGUUCUACUGGAUAUUGUUGGUGUGUGGACAGUAGAGGACAAGAGAGACGUGGAACCAGGACACCACCUGGUACACCAUCUGUAGACUGUGACAGACCAGAUGAGCCAGAGCGUCCUAAAACUCACUGUGAACAUCACAGAGACAGUGUUCAGACCACCAGUCCAGAGGGAUAUCCUCUACUUGGAGCCUAUGUACCUCAGUGUGAUGAUAAUGGACAGUAUGUUCCACAGCAGUGUCAUAGUUCUACUGGAUAUUGUUGGUGUGUGGACAGUAGAGGACAAGAGAGACGUGGAACCAGGACACCACCUGGUACACCAUCUGUAGACUGUGACAGACCAGAUGAGCCAGAGCGUCCUAAAACUCACUGUGAACAUCACAGAGACAGUGUUCAGACCACCAGUCCAGAGGGAUAUCCUCUACUUGGAGCCUAUGUACCUCAGUGUGAUGAUAAUGGACAGUAUGUUCCACAGCAGUGUCAUAGUUCUACUGGAUAUUGUUGGUGUGUGGACAGUAGAGGACAAGAGAGACGUGGAACCAGGACACCACCUGGUACACCAUCUGUAGACUGUGACAGACCAGAUGAACCAGAGCGUCCCAAAACGUACUGUGAGCAGCACAGAGACAGUGUACAGACCACCAGUGCAGAGGGAUAUCCUAUACCUGGAGUGUUUGUACCUCAGUGUGAUGCAAAUGGCCAAUACACACCUCAACAGUGUCAUGGCUCCUCUGGACAUUGUUGGUGUGUGGACAGUAGGGGGCAGGAGAGAGCAGGAACCAGAACUCCACCUGGUACACCAUCUGUAGACUGUGACAAACCAGAUGAACAAGUGCGUCCAAAAACUCACUGUGAGCACCACAGAGACAGUGUUCAGACCACCAGUCCAGAGGGAUAUCCUAUAGUUGGAGCCUAUGUACCUCAGUGUGAUGCAGAGGGACAGUAUCUACCUCGACAGUGUCAUGGCUCCUCUGGACAUUGUUGGUGUGUGGACAGUAAGGGGGAGGAGAGAGCAGGAACCAGGACACCACCUGGUGCACCAUCUGUAGACUGUGACAGACCAGAUGAACCAGUUCGUCCUAAAACUCACUGUGAGCACCACAGAGACAGUGUUCAGACCACCAGUCCAGAGGGAUAUCCUAUAGUUGGAGCCUAUGUACCUCAGUGUGAUGCAGAAGGACAGUAUCUACCUCGACAGUGUCAUGGCUCCUCUGGACAUUGUUGGUGUGUGGACAGUAGGGGGCAGGAGAGAGCAGGAACCAGAACUCCACCUGGUACACCACGUGUAGACUGUGACAAACCAGUUCCUGUUGCUCCGACCCAGCGCCCUGAGAGUGUGUGUGAGCGAUGGAGGGCCAGUUUGAUUGAGCACUAUGGUGGAAAACCAGAGCCACAACAGUACGUGCCUCAGUGUGAACCAGAUGGACAAUUCAGUCCAGUCCAGUGUUAUGGGGAGACCACUUAUUGCUGGUGUGUGGACCAGGAUGGGCGGGAGGUUCCUGGUACCCGAUCCCAUGAUGUUGUCAAACCUGCAUGCCUCCCCUCUGUGGCCCCGCCCACCAUCCGCCCAUUGCCUCGCCCAGAUGUGACCCCUCCCACAAACACUGACGUCAUUCUGCUGUACGCUCAGGGACAGAAAAUAGGAGCGCUGCCUCUCAACGGGACCAGACUGGAUGCGACCCACUCCAAAACACUACUGACUCUACAUGGUUCCAUAGUUGUUGGGAUUGCCUAUGACUGCAAAGAGAACCAAGUCUACUGGACAGAUUUGUCUGCAAGAACAAUCAACAGAGCCUCAAUGGCACCAGGAGCUGAGCCUGAGAUUCUCAUUAACACAAAUCUGGUCAGUCCAGAGGGUCUGGCUGUGGACGUCAAACGUAGGUUGAUCUUCUGGGUCGACUCGAACCCUGACAUGAUCGAAAGUGCUAACCUAGACGGCAGCGGCAGGCAGACGCUGUUUGACACAGACCUGGUCAACCCCCGUGCUAUCAUAGUGGUCUCCUCCACUGGCACUCUGUACUGGACAGACUGGAACAGAGAGGCUCCUAAGAUCGAGUGUUCAUCAGUGGACGGUCAGAACCGCAGGGUGGUGGUGUCUGAUGGGAUUGGUUUGCCAAACGCUCUCACGUAUGACUCUUCAUCUGGACAAAUCUGCUGGGCUGAUGCAGGUACAAAGCGUUUAGAGUGUAUAUUUCCAGAUGGUUCAGGUCGAAGAGUGAUCCACCCCAGCCUCAACUACCCAUUCAGCAUGGUUUACUACAGGAACCACUUCUAUUACACAGACUGGAGGAGGGAUGGUGUGAUCGCAGUGAGCAAAGACAGCAGUCAGUUCACCGACGAAUACCUGCCCGAUCAACGUUCUCACCUUUACGGCAUCGCCAUAGCAACCACCCAGUGUCUAUCAGGGAGCCACUAACGUUGACUGGCAGCU